AAAUAGGUCUUGACUUAUCGGGCUAGUCGAUAAGCCAGGGCUGGGAAAUCUGUAAACAGUAGACACAUACAACAGUUUUUAUUUAACAACAAAAAAAUUUAAUUAUCGUUGGAAACGUUAAUUUAUAUCUUUGAUUACCCACAAUUCAACAUGCCAGCCUAUCACUCGCAGAUCAAGGAAGUACGCCAGCAGGUGGGCAACAUGGCCAUCCUGCCACUGCGGACCCAGGUGCGCGGACCAGCGCCCAGUGCGAAUAUUGAGAGCGAUAUCAUCGAUGAGUCACUGUAUUUCUUUAAAGCCAAUGUGUUCUUUCGCACGUACGAAAUCAAGUCCGACGUGGAUCGCGUGCUCAUCUAUGUGACGCUCUACAUAACAGAGUGCCUCAAGAAGCUCAAUCGUUCAACGAGCAAGGCCCAGGGACAGCAGGACAUGUACAGCCUGGCCAUCUCCAAGUUCGACAUUCCCGGCGAUGCUGGCUUUCCAUUGAACGCCGUCUAUGCCAAGCCGCAAACGGCCCAGGAUGCGGAUCUGAUGCGCCAGUACCUUCUGCAGCUGCGCCACGAAACCGGCAACCGGGUGCUGGAGAAGGUCUUCAACACCGAGGAUGGCAAGCCCAACAAGUGGUGGACCUGCUUCGCCAAAAAGAAGUUCAUGGAGAAGAGUCUGGCUGGACCUGGGCAAUAAUCAGUUAGGCACAAUAUCUGUAUCUUGUUUUGCUUCUACAAUCGUUAAAAAUACUUCAAAAUCCUAUUCGUAUUCACUCGCAGCGUGGUUCCAUUUUUUAGUGUCGCUGCCAGAAUAUCGCUAUUAAUUAAUUUCUAUAACCACAAUAAAUAAAUUAUUUAAAUUUGA